AUGGUCUUCCACGUACCAGAGUCAAAGGAUGAAAACCCUCAGAUACGUUAUGCUCGCGAGUUUGAGUUCUUCCAGAGGCUCAUCGGCAGACGCUUGAAUGUGGGUGAAGACAGUGUGACGAUUAAACAAGUAAUCCGACUUGGAAAGAAGUCUAAGCAGUCAUAUCGACGUCUGAGAAUCAACUUUGCAAAUCACAAUAUGCCGCAGCUCAUACUGUCUCGUCUGCCAAGGCUGAAAGGCAUAAAAGUUCACAUCCGCCGAGACUUGGAACCCGAAGACAGGGGUCAUUUAAAGACUGCGGUCAUUGAGCUCAAACGCCGCACAGAAAAUGGUGAGACUGACUUAUAA